AUGUCAGCCACAGAAGUAUUGAAGUUGUGCCAGUUACAGGGCUGCUGCAUUUCUGCGCCUCAAGAAAACGGCGAUCCAUUAUUGGCACCCAAAGAAACCUUGGUUUACCAAAGCACAUCCCCUCCGCCUGCAAUCUUUCGAGAGUUCUGUAGCUACGUUCUUGAGCUCCCUUUAGUUUCUACUUUAAUAGCCAAGAAGCUAUGGGCACGGUUCUCCCAUGAGCCAAGAAAACCAACCUGGGAUCUAAAGACAACUGUGUUCACAACCUCUAUGCAAGUCAUAUGUGAGCAUGGUAUGCAAAGCAGCGUGGACUUCUGGCGAUUCAUGGUUUCUGCACCUACUUUUCUUACUCCGUUGACCUGCCUUAUUGAGGAUGGCACCUUCCGUGUCAGAAGACGCCAACAAUUGCGGGGUAUCCUUAAGGACGCCGAUGAAGCCGAAGACGGAACGCGUCUGAUCAGCGGAGAGUGGAUCCAAACAGGCACCAUUCAAGGCAUUUGGACUAAUUCGCGUUUUGCCAAAAGCCUCCAAGAUCCCUCGACCAUGCUAUCACUACCGGUCUAUCCAAAGGGCGAGACUCGCCCUCGAUCCACUGAAAAAGUCAUUCUUUACAUUCAUGGUGGUGGGUUUUGCACCAUGAGUGCCCAGACUCACCGUAACUUUACACAUAAAAUAUGCCGGGUUACAGGAAGAAGAAUCUUGGCUAUCAACUAUCGGCUUUCUCCAGAGGUUAUAUUUCCUGGGGCAUUGUACGACACUGUACAAGCUUUUCUCAACCUUAUUGAUCCACUAUUUGGGGAAAACAUGGACCCCUCCAAUAUACUUCUAAUGGGAGAUUCAGCGGGCGGGGGCCUUUGCAUGUCCACUAUACUUUACUUACGAGACCAUCAUCUGCCUAUGCCAGAAGGCGCUGUCCUUUUGUCGCCUUGGGUAGAUCUCUCUUUUUCACACAUGAGUUGUGAUGAUUUGCCUGUGUUUGAUUACCUACCAUUACCACCCAAAACCGAAACACAUCAGAACCCAGCUUUUCACUACCUUGGAGCAGAGCAAUACAAGACUAUGAGAAAGCAUCCUUAUGUCUCUCCACUAUUUGCCGAAAACUUUGAAAAUCUUCCACCACUCUUAUUCCAGUCUGGUGGAUGUGAGGCACUCAGAGACGAAAUCAGGGCUAUCGUUGAAAAGAUCAAGGCUUCAAAGACAUCAUCCGUUCACUAUGAAGAGUACGAGGAUAUGAUUCAUGUAUUCCAAGCCUUCCCGCUACUAAAGUCGCAAGAAGCUUUGGAAAAUAUUGGCUGGUGGGUAAAGGUCGGCCUCUCUCUCUUAGCUCAGAGAAAAUCGUAUUCAGAGACCCCAUAA